AUGUCCCGGCAUGUGCUUACUUUUGCGGUGCUGCUCCUCCUUGUUGUGAUGUGCUGCGGCAGUGGAGGUGCACACGCUGUGGAGAGCAAGCCAGGGGGUGUGCAGCUGCCGCAAUGGGUCGAUCUAUUUGUGCCGAAUAAGACGCAGGUGUUGCCAAAAGAUGGGACUGGUGAGACUGGAGUGAAGGAAGCAUUUGCCGCACCUUCUCUCGUCCGUGCUGGUGGGGUAAUGAUUGCAUUUGCUGAGGGCUUCCUCGAAUAUAACGGCCAUCACGAGAAAUUAUUUGGGACUCGUUAUUCCGACAUUGUGGCUGGGUACAUCAAGGCUGCGGAGACGUGGCCGUCCAUUGUCGCUGAGAUCGCCAAGAAGGAAUGGAGCGCACACACCGUGCUUGACAGUAGGAAUGGCAAUAAUCGUUUGCGCGUUUUUUGUCGGCCCGCAUCCAUUGCAGGGGACAAUAAGGUGUUUCCACUUGCGGGAAUCUGUGAAGAGAAGUACGACAAUGAUGAUGAGGAAAGGGCGGCGGGUGACUCAGCUAUUCAACUGGUUGUUGGUGUGGCCACGCAGCCCAAGGACGGCGAGCCGAGUGGAAUGAUCAACUGGGAAGAAUCCAAAUAUUUCUUGCAACAGAUCUCCAAACACACUCAAGGCCACAUGAAGGAUUUUGUGACUGCUGGUGGCUCAGGCAUUGUGAUGCAGAAUGGCACGCUUGUUUUUUCCCUGAGUGCGAGGAACGGGAAAAAUCAGCCUUUCUUCAUGAUCAAUUAUUCGACGGACAAAGGCAACAACUGGGUGUUCCCAGAGGGCAUUUUUUCUGUGGAAUGCCUUGGCCCCCGCAUCACCGAAUGGGAGAAUGGACAGAUUCUCAUGAUUGUUCAUUAUGUGGAUGCCCAGAGUGUGUUCGAGUCGCGUGACAUGGGGACAACGUGGAAGAAUGCUGCCAGAACACUCUCAGGCGUGUGGGUCAUUUCACACUCAGGAUUCCGUUGGGACGAAAGUUUGCGUGUGGGAGACCUCAUCGCUGCGACCAUUGGGGGAAGGAAGGUCAUGCUGUACAUUCAGAGAGGGUACGUCUUGAGGGAGAAAAAGGACAAGGCGCUCUACCUUUGGGUCACGGACAAUAGCCGCACGUUCCAUGUUGGGCCGCUUUUUGCGGAGAAUGCUAUGGGUGAGACGCUUGCCAACGCCCUGCUGUACUCGGAUGGUGCGUUGCACCUUUCACGAGAGGGUAUUGUGGGAACGCGCCGGGGCAUAUCCCUUGCCCGCCAGACGGAGGAGCUGAAGACGAUCAACUCCGUCCUCAGCACUUGGGCGCAGCUGGAUGCCUCUUUCUCCGAGUCUUCCAGACCCACGGCGGGUCUGGUUGGAUUCCUGUCCGACGCAUCGUCCUGCGAUGUCACGUGGAUCGAUGAUUACCGUUGCGUGAAUGCAAUUGCGACAAAAGCAGCGAAGGCCAAAAAUGGCUUUAAUUUCACGGGGCCGGAGUCCGGGACAACAUGGCCCGUGAACGGCCGGGAGGAUAAUAACCAGUACGGCUUUGUGAACUACGAUUUCACUAUUGUGGCAACGGUGAUCGUCCACGAGGUUCCGAAGAAGAGUACUUUUCUUCUGGGUGCGGGUCUGGGGGACGGUGCCGGCAAGAAGAUCAUUGGGCUGUCGUACAGCAUGAAUAAAAAGUGGGAGACAGUGUUUGACGGCACAAAGGCAGCACAGGACAGCACGUGGGAGCCGGGGAAAGAACACCAGGUGGCGCUCAUGCUGCAGGACGGCAACAAGGGCUGCAUGUACGUGGAUGGUGAGAUUGUGGGGAGCCCAGAGAAUAUAACGACACUUGAGACGCAGGGGUUUGAAAUCACACAUUUCUACUUUGGGAUGCGAGGGGGACAUCAACAGCAGCGUGACGAUGACGAACGUCUUUCUGUACAGCCGCCCACUGAGCGUUGGUGA